UAGUAGAAGACAGAUGCGAGGCUUGGCUGUCGCCGUAGAAUCGGCAAAGUGUGCCGAGUACUCGACUACCUCGGCUGUCGUCGAAUUUGUUGCUGCUAAAGUUGAGUUGCUCGGCAAUGCUUCUCCCAACGAUCGUCGCUCUCACGGCAGCGACUUUCUUUCUAAGAGCCGCAGACUGCGAGUUCGAUGUCAAGACGCCACCAGAGAUCCACCUGACCCGAAGCUGGAUCUUACACGAGGACGAUCCAGUUGGCAAGCUAAUCGAACAUGUAACAGCCAAGAGUUAUGACCUUAAUCAACUUACCUAUAGCCUCGAACCCAGCAACUUCAAAGGUCACGCACGAUCUUGGCCACCACUGCCUUUUCUUAUUGAUAAUACCACCGGAGACAUAUACCUUAACGAGUCACUCAAAGGAAGGGGAGGACAAUCUAUGACAUUAUAUGUCACAGUAUCAGAUGGUGGUGUCCCAGCUAAGGCAGAGGUCAAUGUGAAUAUCCAAAGUUCAGCUGCAUCAGAAUCAGAAAAGUACAGGUCUCAAAUUUUAAAAAACAACCCAUCUAUUGUAUUACGAGAGCCCUCUCUAGCCUUUCGAACUUCUGUACCACCAUCACAAUUUUUUCCACUGCUUUCAACACCACGAACGCCUCCACGAACUCGCUUAAAGCCGGAGACAUCACCAAGUUCCAGUUUAACUACUAAUAUGAGCUUCAAUACUAAUGGUUUCGAUGACAGAUUUGCUGAUACCAUCCAUGGAAUAGAAAAUAAAACUUUUCAGACGAAUAUUACGCUGAUCGAGCCUUCAAGUACAGACCGAGAUCUCACAAUGAUCUUAGUGCCUGUUGCUGCUGUUUGUGUGCUAGUCUUUUGUUUGAGCGUGGUGGCCUGGUCAUCAAGAAAGCACAUUUGUAUGAGCAAAAAGUCCAAGGAACGGAGCAAGGAGCAUGGAUCGAUAAGCAUUUCUACUAUAUCAAAUGAUCCAUUUUUCGAUUUAAAGCGAUGGCAAAAAGUUGAAUCUCAUGGCGGUCGAUACGAGGCAUGGGAAGAAAAAAAGAAACAUGGCAAUCGUUUCAAGCGGGAUGACAAGUGGGAAUUUCCAAGACACAGACUUAAGGUCUUUAACAUAUUGGGUGAGGGUUGUUUUGGCCAAGUGUGGAGAUGCGAGGCCUUGGACAUUGGAGCGGCAUCGGGACCGACCAUAGUAGCAGUAAAGACGCUGAAGGAGAAUGCAAGUGAGCGUGAACGCUUAGAUCUUGCCCAGGAACUUAAGGUAAUGAAGUGCCUUGAUCCACACCCGAACAUCGUGCGCCUGCUGGGCUGUUGUACUGAGCGUGAACCAAUGUUUGUGAUUUUGGAGUAUGUAAGCGGUGGAAAGCUGCAGAGCUUUCUAAGGGCUUCACGCGAGGCUCGUAAUCAAGGCCGUCCUGGACUAACGUCACGAGAUCUCACUAGCUUUGUUUAUCAGGUUGCAAAAGGGAUGGAAUAUCUUGCUUCAAAGGGCAUAAUUCAUCGAGAUCUCGCUGCAAGAAACGUAUUAAUAGAGGAGACUAGAGUCUGUAAAGUAGCGGAUUUUGGUUUCGCUCGAGAUGUGGCAGCUAACCAAAUAUAUGAAAGAAAAUCUGAAGGUCGGCUGCCAAUUAGAUGGAUGGCACCUGAGAGCUUGUACGACAACAUUUUUUCCGUUAAAUCAGACAUAUGGAGUUUUGGUGUUCUAAUCUGGGAAAUUGUGACUCUUGGAUCAACACCCUAUCCAGGACUUGCAGCUGCAGAAGUUAUGCGACGAAUAAAGGACGGUUACAGAUUAGACAGGCCAGAGCACUGUAAACGAGAACUGUACAACAUAAUGUAUUAUUGUUGGGACAAAGAUCCUGCGUGUAGACCCUCCUUUACGGAGCUUGUUAGCCUAGCUGAAGGACUGCUUCUCGACGAAACGGAUUACAUUGAACUUGAUCGAUUUCCUGAUCAUUCCUACUACAAUGUUCUCAAUCUUAGUGGUGAAAAACUGUAAAAACGUGAUUUUUGUUUAUUUGUUUUAUUUUUUUGUUUUUAAUAACUCUCAGAAGACGUGUGUAUAUAAGUUUAAAGUUUACACGGUUGGAUGUUUUAUAUUGUUUUAUAUGGUAACAUUAUUUGUUUUUACCUUCAAGUAGCAAGUAUUUUUGUUUUAUGAAAAAUAAUUCGUAAUAACAUUAUUAAUUUUAGAUAAUCUGUAAAAUCAUGACAGAUAGUGACAUUUAGUACAGUACGAAUUACAAGUUUUUUCAAACUUGGAUACGUAGGAAAGGUUGAA